AUGGACUCAGCACCAGAUCUUCCCAUUCCCAUCUCGUUCAUUACUGGUCGCUAUCUCCUCUUUUCCGCCGAUGCUGUUACGUAUUUAAGAAGGGAGCAUAAUAUUGGCGGGGUUUUCAUGGGCACCCUGCCUCAUGUACCCCAGCAAAAUGUUUUUCUCGGCCUUCCCUUACUUCUCAUGCCCGAGGAAGCAAGAGUUCUGGUAGAAAAAGGAGUAGCCCGUAUUGUUGAUGAAGCAAAAUUCCAUGACCAUGGCAUGAGGAUGCUUAUCGAUGCAGACAAGCGCCGGUAUCAGCAAAGUCUAGAUAGAGAAGGGUCUGAAAUAUCACAGCUCGUGACUGAGAAGAAAGAAUCAAAACGCGAGAAGGCACUUAAAAAAGCUGCGCAGCGGAAUAAUGCUAAAGCCAAGGCUACAGAAGCGGGCGACUCUAAAGAGCCCCAGAUUGAAAACGGACAGGAAGAUAAUGAGAGCCUUUUUGGAACUGACUCGCGGUCAGUUGCUACUACAACAUCGUCAACGCCUUCAACAGUCACCAUGGCUAUUACCCCAGCGACAAGCUUUCCACUACUACCGCAAAGUGCCCCUGAGGAAUAUACCAUGCCGUUGCCAGAGGUGCCAUCUUCGUACCCGAUAUAUGCCCACCUCCAUUCGCGCGGCUACUUUCUCUCUCCUGGGCUUCGGUUUGGAUGCCAAUAUGUGGCCUACCCUGGCGACUCGCUACGGUUUCAUUCACAUUUCUUAGUGGUUGGUACCGAAUGGGAUCAAGAGAUUGAUCUCAUGGACAUUGUUUCUGGUGGUCGACUAGGAACCGGAGUCAAGAAGGGAUAUCUGUUUGGCGGUGCUGAACCUAGCGAUUCAGAUAGUGAAGAUAUAUCCAACGUCCGCAGUUUCAGCGUUGAAUGGGCCGGGAUGUGA